AUGUUUCCCCCUCCCCUCAACAUCGACAUGCAAACCCUCCAGCACCUCCGAACCCAGUUCUCUCAUAUGUUAAAGAACUUCACCUCCUCACCCUCAUCCACAUUCCGAAUCCUCCACACCAUUCCGUCCACGGCAACCCAACAUACGCCAGCAAUCCGUACCCUUUACGUCCUAGAUUCCAGUUUCAAUCCACCUUCAAAAGCGCAUCUCAGCCUCGUUCAGACGGCAUUGGAAUCCUCAAGCCAGAAUGCGAUAUCAAGCUCAGGUCGAAACUCCCGACAAGUCCAGAGUCAAAAUCCGAGGGUUUUAUUCCUCCUCGCAACAAUAAAUGCGGAUAAAACACCCGAGCCCGCAGACUUCGAGGACAGACUUGUCAUGAUGACGCUGAUGGCUGAGCAGUUACGCUCCAAUUUCAGCAGCAACGACCCUCCAGCGGCGGCACCACCAGUAAUCGACAUCGGCGUUACGAAAGAACCGUAUUUCAUCGACAAAGCGCGUUCUAUCGACGAGAGCAAUAUUUACAACACUCCCUCCGAAAGCGGUAGAAGGGAGGUGAUCGAACAAAUCCACCUGACCGGCUUUGACACACUAAUCCGGAUCUUCACGCCAAAAUACUACCCGAACUACACACCCCCUUUAUCCGCAUUGGCUCCCUUCCUUGCCCGGCACCGUCUCCGGGCGACUAUCCGGCCGGAUCCAGCGGUGGAGUUCUCAACGGUAGAAGCGCAGAAGGCGUACUUUGCGCGCAUUGCGAAGGGGGAGAUGGAAGGUGAGGGGCUGAAGAGGGAGUGGGUAGACAGAGUCGAGUUGGUGCUCGAUGAAACGGGGGAGGCAGAGGGCGUGAGUUCGACGAGGGUCAGAGAGGCAGUUAAAAAAGGGGACUGGGAAGUGGUGAAGGAGUUGGUGGGAGAGGGCGUACAAGCGUGGAUAAGGGAAAAGGGACUAUAUCUGGAGUGA